AUGGGGGUUCGAUUUUGUACAGACGGCAAUUUAAUUUUAAUUGUAAUUGAGGAUAUCGAAGAAGAAAUUAGGUUGAGGCAGAGGCAGAAGCAGCGGCAGAAGCAGGAAAAAGAGAAAAAUUUAAAAGAAUUAAUAAAAGCAGCCAAGAAGAUCCAGGCCUGGUGGCGUGGCACCCUGGUGCGCCGGACAUUGUUGCAUGCAGCCCUCAGGGCCUGGAUCAUUCAGAGCUGGUGGAGACUGACAAUGGACAAGCUGCUGCAGGAGAAGCGGAGGGCAGCCCUGAUUUCCUACGCACACAUGGAGAGGGCAGUGGUCAAGCUCCAGUCUUUGGUCCGUAUGUGGCGCAUCCACUGGCGAUACUGCCAAGUGCUCAAUGCCAUUUAUGUCAUCCAGUACCACUGGCAGUGCCACAACUGCCAGACCUGUGCUCUCCUCCGAGGCCACUGUGUAGUCACAGCCUCUCACCUGCAGUUUCACAUUGAAAUCAUCAACCCCUAA